AUGCUCGACCCCACCAGUUACAUACCUUACAUACUCGCAUGUCAAUCCCUCCCCGAACAAGACCUCCUAAACCUAUGCACAACAGUCCGCCUCCACCUACUAGAGUCACCCAACAUCGUCCCCCUCUCCUCUCCCGUAACAGUCUGCGGAGACCUACACGGGCAGUUCUGGGACCUCCUCGAGUUGUUUAGGAAGGGGGGCGAUGUGCCCAGUACCAGAUAUGUGUUUAUGGGAGACUUUGUGGAUAGAGGGUAUCAUUCGCUGGAGACGUUCUCAUUGCUUAUGGCGCUCAAGGUGCGGUAUCCUGCACAUGUCACCCUCUUGAGGGGGAAUCAUGAGUCGAGGCAGAUCACUCAAGUCUAUGGGUUCUAUGACGAAUGCCACCGAAAAUACGGUUCCUCCCUCCCCUGGCGCACCUGUUGUUCAGUAUUCGACCUCCUCCCCCUCUCAGCAACAAUCGACGACUCGAUCCUCUGCGUCCACGGCGGUCUUUCCCCAGACAUACGCACGCUCGAUCAGGUAAGAGUGUUGAGUCGCGCUCAGGAGGUACCGCACGAAGGCGCGUUUUGUGACCUCAUGUGGUCAGACCCGGACGACAUCCCCACCUGGGCCGUCUCCCCCCGAGGCGCCGGCUGGCUCUUCGGCAGCCCCGUAACGCACGAAUUCACCUACCUCAACUCCCUCUCCCUCAUCGCCAGGGCCCACCAGCUAGUACAAGAAGGCUACAAGUUCAUGUUCGACCAUAAGCUUGUCACUGUUUGGAGCGCGCCGAAUUAUUGUUAUAGGUGUGGGAACUUGGCGAGUGUUUUGGCUGUACGCGAGGGGGGAGGGCUGGGGUUUACGGUGUUUGCGGAGGCGAAGGAGAAUGAGAGGGAUGUGGGGAUGCGUAGGGUGAGUGAUCCGCACGCACGCACGCAUGCAGGUGGCUGA